UUAGUUAAUAUGUUUCUUAGUCAAUGAUACUAGAAAUGCAUCUGUGUGGCAUUUGGUAAUUGUACAUUUUCUAGAGUGAAAUCUCUUUCUAUUAAUUAAUUAAUUAGUAUAACUAUAAUGUUAUAAUAUAUAUCCUCACCAUUCUUAUAGUACUCAUUUCAUAUACUCUGAGUGUAAUAAGAUGUGCAACAAAAAAAUUUAUGUGAACAUUUUGUUAAUUUUCUACCUCUCAUUAUUUCACAAUGUUUAUGCUUCUCAAACCAAGGAUUUCAAUUUGCAAAUCAAAGCUGUGAACCUUGGAAAUUGGCUAAUUACUGAAGGGUGGAUGAAACCUUCUCUCUUUGAUGGAAUAAAAAACAAUGAUCUUUUGGAUGGAACUCAUGUGCAAUUCAAGUCAGUGAAAUUGCAAAAAUAUCUAUGUGCAGAAAAUGGUGGAGGAACUAUUGUUGUUGCUAACCGCACCAAAGCUUCUGGUUGGGAAACUUUCAGGUUGUGGAGGGUGAAUGAAACAUCAUUCAAUUUGAGAGUGUCUAAUAAGCAAUUUAUUGGAUUGGAAGAUGAAAACAAAUUAGUGGCUGAUAUAGAUUCACCUGGAGACAAAGAAACAUUUGAGAUUGUAAGAAAUAAUGAUGAUCCAAACAGGGUUAAGAUCAGAACACCAAAUGGUCUGUUUCUACAGGCCAUAUCAUCAGAGAGUGUAGUGAAUGCAGAAACAACAGUUUAUGAAGAAUCCAGUUGGGAGGACAGUGACCCUUCUGUCUUUAAAAUGACUGUAUUGACUAGUACCAUUAUAAAAGGAGAAUACCAAAUUACUAAUGGUUAUGGCCCGGAUAAAGCUCCCAAAAUCAUGCGGGAUCAUUGGAAUACGUAUAUAACAGAAGAUGAUUUCAAAUUCAUGUCAGAAAAUGGAUUAAAUACAGUAAGAAUACCCGUUGGAUGGUGGAUAGCUAAGGACCCAACACCACCUAAACCAUUUGUUGGAGGAUCCUUGAAAACACUAGACAAUGCCUUCACAUGGGCACAAAAGUAUGGAAUGAAAGUAAUUGUUGACUUGCAUGCUGCACCAGCUUCACAAAAUGGAAGAGUUCAUAGUGCUACAAGGGAUGGAUAUCGAGAAUGGGGAGAUUCCUACAUUCCUGAUACUGUCGCAACCAUUGAUUUCUUAGCUGAAAGAUAUUCCGAAAGUCCAAGUCUAAUUGCAAUACAACUCAUGAAUGAGCCUUAUGGAGUUGAUUUGGGAAGCCUUAAAAAGUAUUAUCAAGCAGGUUAUGAAGCUGUAAGGAAACACACCUCAAGUGCUUAUGUGAUAAUGUCUAACCCUCUAGAUAGAGACUCAAAAGUGCUUCUACAGUUUGCUAGAGCUUUUGAUAGAGUUGUCAUUGAUGUGCAUUACUACAAUCUAUUUUGGGAUAAGUUUUCAAACAUGAAUGUGAAGCAGAAUAUUGAUUAUAUCAGAUAUAAUAGAGCUUCUGAACUUAGCUCUCUCACCUCAUCUAAUGGACCCCUCAUCUUUGUUGGUGAAUGGAGUGGUGAGUGGAUGGUUAAGAGUGCAUCAAAGGAAGAUUACCAAAAAUUUAUGAAGGUACAAGUGGAUGUAUACUCUCGUGCUACAUUUGGAUGGGCCUAUUGGGCUUACAAAUGUGACUCUAACUACUGGAGCCUUAAGUGGUUGCUUGACAAUAAUUAUGUUAAGUUUUAAUAUCCCCAUAUGCUCUAAGAUUAAGAUUUUUUUUUCAAUUUUAAAGAAAAAGACCAAGAGUGUUCAGUACUUUAUUUGAUAUGUUAAUCAAGUAUAAUUUACAAAAAUAAGAUUAUAUAUGUUAAUCAAGUAUAAUUUACAAAAAUAAGAUUAUGUACCAUUGAUAUUAUAUUUAUUUAUAUACUAAUACAUCUAUCAGUAAUAUAUGCUGACAAAGAUGAGUGUUUUUAC